CUCAAAAGUCAACUUUAGCAUCGCCAUCAUGCUAGAGGACGAUGCUGGCGGCCUUCUGGUGUACAAAGACGAUGUGCCCGGAACUUACGUAGUAGUUGAGCUGUUAGACAGCACCGUUUACAAAGUAGUGAUUGAGGUUUUCGCGACAACUGAGAAAAACGAGAAGGAGUUUUUCGAUGAAAGUCAACGAAGAAUAUCUUUUAACACCUCCGAGCUCCAGUUCGCCAUUAAGGAGUUGCCAGACGACCGAAUGACCAAGAAACAUCUGAAGGCGGUCAACAGUGUCAUCAUUGGAGCCUGCUGCGCUGGUGUCCUGGUCAUAGGAGCCUUCGUGGUCCUCAUUCUGUACAAGAAGAGACAAAGCUUCAAGGGCAUCAUCAUCCCCAAGACAACCGUUGCCAAAAGUAACAGCUACAAAUCAAGUGUAGGAGGGAAGGCUGACUACUCCAAUCAACUGAUGGUCUUCGGAGACGAGUGGGAGCUGGAUCCCCGAGAGCUCAAGUUCAGUACCCCACUUGGCCAGGGCGCCUUCGGUAAAGUGGUGACGGGAUACUACUGUGAUCGCAAAGUGGCAAUAAAGCUCGUCAAAGAAGGAGCACCCAUGUCCUACAAGGAGGAUCUGGUUGCUGAAAUCAACUUGAUGAAGCGCCUAGGAACGCAUCCCAACAUCGUGUGUCUGAUCGGGGCCUGCACCAUGGCCGAGCCCAUUGCCUUGAUUAUGGAGUACGUUCCCCAUGGCAACCUUCAAAACUUUCUCAAGAAGUGCAGGCUAGAAGGAGAUCUUCACAAGCGUCCUGAUGGGCCCAGUGAAAUCCAGUACUCCAUGCUGCAAGACUGCGGCGGCAUCGAGAACGGCGUCAUCACACCAACCGACAUGCUGUCCUUCGCACGCCAGGUUGCCAUGGCAAUGGAAUACCUGGCAGAGAAGAAGUACGUGCAUCGCGACUUGGCGGCGCGCAACGUGUUGCUGCACUACAACAAGGUGGUCAAGGUGUGCGACUUCGGCCUGUCACGUGACAUCUUUAACGAUAACCAGUACAAGAAGCUGACCAACGGCAAGCUGCCGCUCAAGUGGAUGGCCAUAGAGUCCCUGAGAGACCGCGUGUUCACCACUCAGUCCGAUGUGUGGUCGUUUGGUAUUCUCCUGUGGGAGAUUGUGACUAUGGGAGCUUCCCCGUACCCUAACAUAGCUCUUGCAGACCUGUAUUACGUAUUGUCAAACAACUACAGGAUGGACAAGCCCAGCAAUUGCUCUAAUGAACUGUACGCCAUGAUGCGAAGCUGCUGGAUGGAAGAGCCUCUGGACCGCCCCUCCUUCACGGAACUUCGUGAGCAACUGGAAGAGCUUAUGUCUGAGGACAGAGACUACCUCGUUCUGGAGGACAUCGACGUCCCGUUGUCUGCCUCCGAAUCGUCCUCCAAUCCCACGGUUCCAGAGAUGUUCUCUGGCGAGCUGUGUCCUUCGCCCUCGGCAGUACAGACUGCAUCGGCUUCCUCGUCUGGAUCCGGGUCUUCAGCUUCGGCCGCGGCGUCUGCAGCGCCCCCCAGUUUCCUCCGACAAGGUCCACCUAUACGGAGACUUCCCAUGACGAUUGAUGUGUGCAUUCACCAGAAAUCCACGGAACGCUUAAUGCGACCCAGUGAGAGUGACUCCAGCCCCUUAGGAGUAUAAACAAAGGAAGAAUACGUCAUUGGUGGUAGGGACCGGCAGGGAGACAUCAGGAACAAGAGAUGAAUAUUGUUUUGUUGAGGUUGUGCUGUAAUUCUCCACCCGCCGGGACCUAAUGUACCUCAAGUGAUAAUAGAAAAACAGGAAUGGCUGGUUUUUGUUUUCAGUGGAGAAAGUUUAUAGGACUUGACAUUUAUUCAAGGAUUGUAACCGAGACUGAAAUGCGGCAAGGGGCACGAACACUGACAUAAACUGACACCUGGGCUGCGCUUGUGAGUUAUUUAUUUUGAAAGUGUGCGGAAAACUCUUUUACACUGGCACUCACUCGUGAUAGAGCUUUUUCCAUAAACUUUAGAGUAUUAAAGUUGCCUUGCUUGCCAGCUUCAACGAUGGUCAAGCUUUCACUCCUGCCCUGCCGUUACCGAAAACUUUCUAUUUACAGUGUGAAACAACGUAAGUGGUGACUGGCCUGAAACACAACUUCAAGUGUUGCUUUAUUGAUACCAUUGAACGAAAUCGUACAGAAUUUUAUCCUGCUCCAAAAAAAAAAAAAAAGACCUACUACGCUGAUUGAAAUCCCCGGAAGUACUAUCUUGGGGCAAAGGUAUCUGAAUUUACUCCAACGACCGUUUAGUGUGCUCGUGAUAACAGAGAAGAGUUACACAUUCUCUUUGUUUCGUACAUCUUUAUGUUUGGGAUUUGCACACCUUAUUGUGUGUAUACUCGAGCGCAUUACGGAAUGAGCAGGACAGACCGCUUGACCACGAACUUUGCGAAACCUUGACAUUUGCAUAGUGUACAGCCACGACUAAUAAAUUACCUUCAGAAGGCGUCAAACGUCACAUUAACAGCUUGUCGUCUGUCAGUCCCAACGGCAAUUAACUGAGUACUAUCAUCAAGAAAGUUUAUCAGGAACAAAAAAUAACUGUAUUAAAAUCGUAGAAGACCAAAUGCCGCAUGAACAUUUCAGAAACGUUCUAUGGUAAACUUCGAGACUGACGUACCAAACGGGCUUUGGUUCCUGUGUCAACGGUAGAAUUAAUGUCUGGCAUCGAGGCACUGCCUCGGAAAUUGCCUUCAUGUCUGCUCAGAAGACAAAAGAUAUUCAGCAAGCCACGUGUUCCUGGGUACGACGGAAGCUGCAAGCAAGACACACUCGGAAACAUUUUUGGAAUCGUUCUACCCGAAAGCAGUGACACAGCCAGUUUGGAAAACAUUUCAUCCGCGUUUUAACCUUCCAGCAAAGGUCUCUCGGGAAGCAGAAAAUAUUUAGCGUAUUUACACGAGAAAGACACAGUUAAACAGGAGAGGUGGAAAGAAAGAACAGAUUAAGUUGGUCAAUAUAUUUAUUAAAAGGAAAAGAACUGGAGUUCACUGUAUGUUGCCUUUCUCCCUAAUGAAAUAUCCUAGGGGGUGAGGGAUUGCCGUUUACCGGUAAUAUCAUAGUUUUCUUUGUCUUCAUUGCAGAAUUUUUGCUUUCAUUAAUCUAGAUCUCCACCACAACAACAACAAAAAUUACUCUUUUCUUGAAUUUUUACGGUGUUGCUCAGAGUUUGAGGGCAAAUAACCGGCCAGAAUCUCUGUUAAAGCCUUCUUGAACCUCCUGCCCACAAAAAAUAACCCAAGCUAUUUCUUUUGGUGAAUAGAGUGCAUGUGAUGACCACUGCACUGUUCGGACCCCAAACGGGGUUUCUGCAUCCUUCUGUCCAGCCUCUCAUUCGUAUCAGAGUGGUCUUCUAUUUUUUUUUUCUUCUUUUUAGCGUGCUUUCCAUAGUGACUUUUCUGCAAAAUCUUGGCAUACAUCCCUAUCAUGCCAGACUCAUGCUAAGGAUCCAACUCUGGGGACCGUCUGAUAACACCCAGAGUUCUUCUCACGUGUAGCACGCAUAAUGCGUAUAUACGCAGACUUCACGUGAUUGGCCAAGUUCAAAGACCCCAGCCGAUAAAAGUUUUGAUGAUCUACACAAACUUCACGAUUCGCGCGGACUGAUUAUUUGCCAGCAUGAGGCGAAUAGAAUGCAUCCUUAAUGUCAACUGACUGGCAAACUGGCAAACUGGCAAGUCAACAUGGUGGUAACGAUGAGGUGCACGACUACCCCUAGAAGGGUGGCUCAGGGUGUCGCAGGCCGGUUAAGCUGCAAGAUCACGGGUGGAAAGUGUUGAAAGACUUUUAAUGAGUUCACAAAGAUUACGAAAUGAUGUUACAUUAUUUAAAUUUUAGUGACUAAAAAGUGUUUGCCAAUGUGAAUUUGUUUUGAAACCUGUUGUAAUAUUUUUGUAUAUAGUCUGCAACAAUAGCGGCUCGUCAGUCUGUUUCUUUUUCGGAAUGGCGCUGACUGACUCAGGCUGUUCAAUAAUACAAGUGCUACAGAUAAUGCUGACUGAAACAUCGUCAUCGAAGUCUCCAAACUGUGCAGUGAUGUGCAGCUUUGCCUUAUACACAAGUCUAUUUAUUCUUCAAUCCGAGCCGGUUGGUUCCACGAGCUGACGAUGUGUGUUAGGAGUGCAAACGAGCGGAACACUGAGUUCAGGUGAUUCAAACCUGCAGGAUGCCAUUUGAUGCGUUGACUGCGACUUGGAACGAUGUGUUGUGUGAUAUUUUUACGUUGACCAUAUAUGUCCAUGCUAGGUCCAAAUGUUUCUAUAUAUUCUAGACUGGCUACUCAGAGGUAUACACGUCUUGUGUGUUUGUUCCUAGAUGUACCGAUACAUAGCACUGAACGUGUCACGGGUGUAUAUAUAUAUUGUCAGCAGAAUAUUGCAUCUAAUAACUUUCAAGAUUUAUGUUCAUGUGUUUCGAUGAAUUUGUUUUAUUCUCGGACAAAAAGUUUUAAUUUUACUGAUGUAGAUCUUAAGCUUAGGGGCAAUAAUUCUCAGAGUACCUCAGCGGGAAUCGGAGUAUUAACACUUUGCCAACAGCGCAUCGCUUUUUGGUUGUAUCGGUCAGUGAUAAUUUUCAUAUCAUCAAAACACACAUCUGCUCUAGUUAGUAGACUAGAGUCUUCCUACGCGCAUAUCAAAACUGUUUUCACCUGCUUCAUAUUGGGCAUGAGGUGGUUUAUCUCUUACGGGUUUGUUACAUCAACGGGAAAGCAAAGAUUUAGCGAAGGCGAGGACUUCAAAAACAAAAGAACGAACAAAAAGAUCCUUACAAAAUAAGCUUGGUUUUUAUUGAAGCUUGUCUUCUGUGCCUCCACCACUCCCUCACUUGUUCUCUUUGCUGUAUUUUUAAUGUCGAUUACAUACCUCCUUCUCUCUGUCUGCUGUCUUACUUAGGUUUUAAUUUCUGAGUUUUUAAUUGGGAAAUUCCACCUUAUAGGUUCAUCCUUUUCAGAAUGAUCAAUUGUUUACAUUACUAGCGUAGUUCACUGCCGAUCUGACCCCGCAGAGUUCAUUUCUGUAUAGGUUGAUGCGAUGUAAGAUGAUGCCACUCUUUCUUUGCCGCGUUUGCAUCUCUUACAGUAUUAGCGUUUUGUUCAGGUGGAUAACAUUUUUCCUUGCUAUAAUGCUCAGUCAAUACUCUUUUUAAUACUCUAAUUAACGAACGUACAGUUCCCAAUGAUAGAAAGUGAAAAUGGUUUAUGCUUCUAAAGUUAAGAGUGAAGCUGAAGAUACAAAUACGACUUUCACAUUUCGAACGAAAGCAACGGUUCGUGUUCUACCCUACUGUCAUUAUAAUGUGUUGUCCAUACCCGUCCUUGCACCCUUGGGGACUGUUGCUGGCAUUUCUACAUCUGGUUUCCUGUAGCUUGAGGCGCUACGACGAUUAAGUGUGUGUGAAGAGCAAGACAGCCUUCUCUGACAGCUAUGUGUAUAAAGAUGACCCGAGUAGCCUUUGCUAGUAGUGUAGCUGCUGUGAUCAACUGAAGAACAACAUCGAAGAAACUCUUGAACUGAUGGUUGCUUUUAGUUCUUUCCUGAAUUACUGAAUUAUUAGCGAUAGUUCAAAACAAUGUUCGGUACGCAACAGAUAACUUUGGUGUUGCAAAGUUUAAUACUCAACCUAUACCCUCCCAUGCCAUUACCUGCAUAAAACUACCGUAAAUCAUACAUAUUGCACAGCUUUUCCUGCUUUUCUAAGAUCAGUGACAUUAAAAAUAAGAAAAAAAACCAGAUGUGAAUUUCUCUAUAUUUCUGGAACUACUUUAACUUUUAAUUAGUGCUUUAUACAAGAAUAUAAAAUAUUUUUAUUGGUUAACUUUUUCCAUAAAACUAAAAAAUCUGAAUAAUUUGUAAUUUUCGUGGCAAAGUAUUUGCAUACAAAAUGAGAUGUUCCACAUUUUAAUUAUCGAUUCCUUCUGUUUGUCCUCUAUAGAUUUUUUUUAUUAUUAUCUUUUCAACGGGUAUAUAGUAGACAUGCCACUCUGUUUCCGUCUGAAAAACUUGUCUAAACGAACAGCACUGUUUCGGGUGGUGUACAUAAAACACUCACCCUCACCCCAACCACUACCCAAGCUACCCCUACCCAGUGUUUGAAUAGCCCUUACUCCUGUCCUGCUUGAUCCACUUUUUGCACUAGGUUUUAUUCUUUCAAGUCUCUCCGCUCCCCGCAGCUCUGUCAUUCAUUUCUACCGUUCCCUGCGCCCGUAAGACAGGUGUGUUCUGUAACAAACGUCUCAUGAUUUACCCGUUAACUUGCUUGUGACAGCGGUUUGAAUAUUAAACAGUAUUUGUUUAGUAAGCGCUGCCAGCGUGAUCAGUAUCCCACUGUUGUUCAUGUUUAAAGAAUGACGACCUUUGAACCAAAUAUAGUCAGACACAUUUAGGUUGAUGGUUACGAGUCAAGAGUUCAAUAGGUGAACAAAUCAGCUUGUACAAGAUUAAGAAAAGUGUCAGAUAUAGUAUUUCCGUGGAAAUUCCACUUCCUAGUGUUCCCUGAGAGUUUAAAACAAUCUGACAAUCUGGCAAAUUUUUCUACCCUGAUGCCUUCUCUGGUUCGCCCCUAAAUCUUUUCAACCAAACCCUUGAACGCUGAAGCACAGGACUCGUCAACAGCAUCUUACCUUAUUUCUUCCCAGUCUUCCCUAAACAAAAAGGGUGCCUCCGCACUCCGCCUGUCCCGCAUUCGGCUUAAUAAUUCUUUCCAUACCGUCUUACCAUCUUUCAUCCACAGCUUGCUUCAGCACAUCAUCUGUUCUCCCGACCUCCUCACGCUUCUCCUCACCCUUCCCCUUCCUCCAGCUCGCUUCUGUACAUCAUCUUUUCCCGACACCCCAAUAUCUUUCAUCUCCUCGUUAACUCGUCGAAUUUCAUUUCUUCGCAUCUUAUCACGGUAAGACAUCAAAUAGUUUACAUCUCCUAUGUUCACUGAUCAACUUGUCCUAUCUACACUAUGUUUUUUGCCUGGGUUUUCGUUCUUCUUGUUUAAUUUAGUUCCUAAACAUUUCAUCACACGACAUUUUACACAUGCCUUUCCUCCUGACACAUCGUCAUCGCCCAGAGCAAUUUCUACUUUUUGGAGGAAGGGAUUUAUAAUGAACUCACCAGAUUCUUUACUCAUUGUCACUCAUGAUCAUUGUCACUUCAAUCGGAAAAGUAUUGACACUUUUGUAUCCGAUCCUGUGCUUUCGUAGCCUCAUGGCCAUUUUAUCUGCACCACUUUAUUUUAGGUGAUCUCUUAAGUUUUACCCAUUUUUUAAGCCAGAAACUUUUUUGAAGGCAUCUUUUUUUUUAAAGUCACUAUUGUUACAGCAAAAGUUAGUUUGGAGUUUAAUCAUGAUGAAAAUCUGUAAAGUUCUCCCCUUCACCGUUAUACGUUUCGCCUGGAUUUCAGACAGUAACCGUGAACGCUCAUUAUUAACUGUGAUUUAAUGAAUAUUUUGCUUUAUAUCGAGAAUAACUAAACCUGCCAAACAUCCGAAAGCACAGUGUAUGAAAGUCUCCGUUAUAAAUACUGGACACACCAUACAGGGCACAAAUAAAAUGUGAUCCACAGUGUUCCGCAAGUUUUUGAGAAGAAGCGUGUUUUAAGGAUGUUUACUUCAGAUAUUUGCCGUCUACAGAGCUCAUGUUGUCCCUGCAUACAGUAGCAAUGUUAUCAUUCUGGUCAGCCUGCUGUCUACAAUACCGUCUGAUUCUUGUAUAAUGUUAAGCAUGCUUUAGUUUGUGAAACUAUCCCUCAGCGAAAAGUGAGUUCUUGGUGCUGAGCGAUAUAUUUAUUUUAUUUAGGUAUGCCUUUGUACUUUUGUUAUUCAGAAUAUGCCUUUCGUUUGACGAUUUUUCGCUGAAUGCGGUGAUAAGUUGUAAUUAUUUGUCUUCAUUCUUUGCCAUGCGACUCAUCAGAAUAAAUUAUGUCAAUAGCAGA